AUGUGGUCAAAAGCAUUUUUCAUGUGUUUACAUUAUGCUUGUGAUUUAUCCAUCUCAAAUUCUUUGAUGGUACAAACUGCAUCAUUAGAGGCAUUUGUUCAACUGUUAAUAGUUAGACGUCCACUCUUUUUAUUUCCAAUAAGUUGGCUUACAAGUAUUACAUCAUGUUCGUCACCAGAACCAUUAUCUUACAAUCGGCAUUUAAAUGAUAAUACUGCUAAUAAUGAUAUUUUGAAUGAUAACACAAUUAUUGAAUCAUCAUCUCAACAGUACAAACUGUAUGAAAGUGAGCUCACUACCGAUAUUACAAACUCCAAGGAAACACCUGAUUUUGUUGCAAGCAAUCGUUUCCUUAGGACGCUUUCUUCGGAGUCAGUUGAUGAUAAGAGUCCAAGCUCAGAUUUUCAGUCAGUCGAUAGUUGUGAUACAUAUUUCAUUCGAUCAGCAUCCUCUUCCAGUUUAUCUUCUUCCAUAAAGAUAGAUUCAAAUGACACAGCAAUCAAUGGACAAGAGAUUCAAAAUCAGUUAUCUGCUGUUCGUGCUCAGUUGGCUAGAGAUGGAGAGAAAUCAGUGAAUGAUGACAAUGAUGAUGUAUUCAGCUAUUUAGGUUAUAAUAUUGUAGGUGAUUCAUCCAGAAAUAUAGAGUCUGCUCAAACUGAUUAUAGUCAUGACUCAGUUAAUCCAGAAGACCAUAUACACGAUCAGCAACCAUCAUCCACUCAUUAUUCGAAAUUUCAUCCUUUCAACUUAUUAAAUCUCAUUAACUGCCUUAAUAAUCAAGGUGAACCAAUCAAUCUAGUUCAGGCUGAUUGGUUAUUACCUUUUCUUCUCUUAUCGUUUGAUAUGAUGCCGGAAGCACAAGAAACUUCUAAAACUCAUCAUCAGUGGCCAAGGCCUUCAACUUCACCUCGAAUUAGUUUACAGUUGCUUGUUAUCAAUUGUUUAACCCAAUUAGCUCAGCUUAAUCCAUUUAUGUUUUUUGUUCAGCUAAAUGGUGAUCAGUGUUGUCCUAAUGAUCAACUGAGUAUAAAACAAAUUCAGUGGCCCACGGCAGUUGAGGUGAUUCUGGAGUUUCUCAGUAACAACACUGACCCACAAGCUCAAGGUCAACUUUGCAUUCUCAUUGGAAAUUUGAUAGCCUCUUAUUUAGUUUGGCAAAAUCUAACAGAUCAAGAUCCUGGUUAUUUACUGCUAAAUGAUCAUAAAUUCGCUGUAUAUACAAGCCUAGAUCAUCUUUUCACCAAACUGGACUCAUAUUUAAAUACAGAUGUGUCUGGGAUAACUUUACGAUGGGCUUUAUCUGGUUUACGAGCAUGUUCUAACGCUUUAUUGUCUUGUGCUGAUCGGAAAUCCUCAUUUUGUCCAAAGGGAUCUAACAUAUUACCGGAUGAACUUUUGGUGUAUCGUUUUCUAAAACACUGA